AUGGCCGACUGGCAAGGGGCACCUCCCUAUGGAGGCCCUCGUGUUUCUCUAAGAAAUCCAACCCAACGACAUGUCCGACGACCGACACACGCCGAAGACUCGGCGCCGGGUAUUUGUCGAAUAUGUCGUGGUGAAGGGACCCCCGAAGAACCGCUCUUCCAUCCAUGCAAAUGCAGCGGUAGUAUCCAGCAUGUUCAUCAGGACUGUUUGAUGGAAUGGCUAUCGCACUCGCAAAAGAAAUACUGCGAGCUGUGCAAGACAUCUUUUCGCUUCACCAAGUUUUAUAAUCCCAGCAUGCCCGCCUCACUACCUGUCUCCGUCUUCUUCCAACAACUAGUCCGAUACGUCAUCCAAAACUUCCUAGGAUGGUUCCGUGUCAUCAUAGCCAUCAGCUUUUGGGUGAGCUGGCUUCCAUGGUUUAUGCGACGAGGUUGGGCGUCGCUCUUCUGGAUCAGCCAGGAGAGUUGGGGGAGCACCCAGGGUCAAUUUUCCGGGUCCUCAGGGGCCAUCAUCGAGCUUUCGUCAACACUCCUCGGGGUGGAUGUGUGUCCGGCCAGUCCCUUGUUCGCUCCCACGACGACUUCCGCCGAGUCGGUCAAGACCAUGCUGAGCUGGUGGGAGAGCCAGCCCGUGACCAUAUACCUCAUGCGUUUCCUCCUUGGAAUAUUUGGUCUGCCCGUUCCGCCUCCCCCGGUACCUCGCGCUGUCGCUGCGCAGUACACAACCCAAGAGCCCCAGGUGUCCCAGUCAUUACUUGGAAAUGUGCGCUUUCUACGACGACUAACCCGAAGCACCGCGGUGAACCAGACCAUCAUCUCAGUCUUUGAAGGCCAAAUAAUUACCAUCAUCGUCAUGAUCAGCUUUAUUCUCGUAAUAUUAGUGAGAGACUAUGUGGUACAGCAGCAGCCCGAAUUAAAUAUGCGAGCCGGAUUUGACGAAGUAGAAGAAGUUCCCAUCAGGCAACCAAUUCGGGUAGAACAGGCUCACCAAGUGGAAUCGGAAAAUGAAUCAGACGAAUCAGGCGAUGGACGGCCAGCCGACGAUACUCCCCAUGCGGAGACCAUGUAUCGUGAGCCGAGCGAUUCAGCUCCUCAAAUGGGCCGAUCUGACGAAGAAUAUGGCGAGAGCGUCUCUGGCUUGAAUCCUCUAGUAUCGGGGCAUGAUCAUGAUCUAUUUGCCGACUCUGAUAGCAGCUCAUAUGGCAGACACAAUGGCCAUCCCCAAAUAGACACUCCUGGAUCUUCAACCGAAACUUACCCAACACCUGUCAGGGCAUUUGCAUCCCUCCAACGGCCCAAUGGCAAUGGGUCGUCCCAAGAUGUUGACUUUAAUCCCAUGGCUAACGAUUGGUUCCGUCCUUCACCCGAAGAAAACAGUUCCCCAGUGGAGUCCACUAAAGGAAAGGAAAGGCUUCACGAAUUCGGCCACAGCGAUAUCCCACCUUUUCUACUAUCACAAAGUUCCGAGCCAGAUGCUGGCCCUUCUCGCCCUAGAGCUUUGUCAGACGGCCCUCAAAUGCAGUCUGGCAUCAACCCUCUCGCCAAUAACACGUGGUCCCUGGCUCACCUUCCGUCUGAUGAUGGUGUCAAUGGGACAUUUGAUCCUGGGUUUCGCCCACCCCCGGUGCAGUCAUCUUCUUCACACCAGUCAGAUGCUGGGGCAGAAUGGCGCAAUUGGCAAGGAAAUGGCUUCCAAGAAUCAGAGGCUGAUCGUGGUUACACCGGUAUCCGUGAUCAACUCGAAGCCGACGAAGAAGUAUACCAGCCACCUCUAGAAGGCCGUAUUAUCCGUAUCCCCUCCGCCCCUCCUUCAGAACCUGCCUCCACCGCCCCCACACAGCCUCCGUGGCCAUCAACCCCGGCAUCACCUGUACCUGAGGAUUCAUCGUUCAGCCUUUACCACUAUAUCUCUGAUGCAGUGUUGGGAUUCAUGUGGGGUGGGUUGGGCGAGAAUGAAGAUUCAGACUCCGAGGAGGACGCGGAGGAGGCAAAUCCUACAGAUGAGGCCAACGCCGAUGCUAAUGUAGCUGCGGCUGCUGCCGCCGCCGCCGCUGUUGGGGAUGAUGACGAGUGGGAAGAUGAACCUGUUCGCCGUGCACCAGGCAAUGGGGCAAAUAAUGCAGACGCACCAAACGGCAACAGGCCUGGAGAAGCUGUGGCUAACCCUGUGAAUCCCGAGGCUGCUGGAGUCGCAGGCAUGGAACCCGAGGCUAUUGAAGACAUGGAGGAUUUUGAAGGGAUCAUGGAACUGCUCGGUAUGCGGGGUCCGAUCACCAAUCUUUUCCAAAACGUCAUAUUCUGCGCGGUCCUCGUUCAGGCAGCUCUUUUCUUGUGCGUCUUCACACCCUUCAAUGUCGGGCGUAUCUCAAUCUGGGUUCUUGCAAAGCCUUCACGGCUUAUCCGAGUCAUAUUCGAGUUCUCAAAGUUCAUGCAGGAUCUGCUGUUUUUCUUUGCCGGGUUCACUUCCUGGGUACUCUUCAACACGGUCGACAUGUUUGUUGCUGUGAUUGGUGGCGCAGUGAGGACACAGGUUCUCUCUGCUCGCAAAGGAUCCUGGAAUUUCUUCAUGGGCGCUGCUAAACGUAUCUUGGAUUUCUUUGCCUUUGACUCUCCAUCCUCAGGCUCGGGGAUGCAGCACUGGUCCGCCAUUAGCCACCAAGCCCUCUACUCGAUCAAGGAACAGGUCGCAACAUUCUUCCUAUCUGCAAGCGAUUUCUUCGUCUCUUUGUAUGACCCUCGCAACGUUAUUCCUGCUAUCGCUAGCGUGACCAAGGUUCUCCGGGACAACGUCCCAAGCAUACUCUCUGUCCUUUUCAAUCCAAGCUAUUGGGUGAUUGAAUUGGGCCCAGCCAAGAGCCCUCCUCUAAAACUGGAACUUGCCAAUUGGUCUGCCUCAGAUAUCACAUGGGCCAUCCUGGCUGGCUACAUCACGAUCUUCACACUCGCUGGCUUAUACAUGAAUAGUGAAAUCCGCCUAGCUCGUGGCACUCUCUUCGAAGACUGGGAGACUGGCCUAAUCAAUUCUCUGCAACAAGCAAGCGGAAUACUGAAGGUUAUCACGGUCAUCAGCAUCGAGAUGCUAGUGUUCCCCUUGUAUUGCGGGUUACUCCUUGACCUCGCUGUGCUCCCCCUCUUUGCAAAUGCAACCCUCAAGUCUCGUCUGCUCUUUACAUACAAUAACCCUUGGACUUCGGUAUUUGUUCACUGGUUCGUCGGCACCGGAUAUAUGUUUCAUUUCGCUCUCUUUGUUUCUAUGUGUCGCAAGAUCAUGCGGCCUGGAGUACUUUAUUUCAUCCGAGACCCUGAUGAUCCGGAAUUCCACCCUGUGCGGGAUGUUCUCGAGCGAAGCCUCAUGACCCAGUUGCGGAAGAUUUUAUUCUCCGCCUUCGUCUACGGGACCCUGGUCAUCGUGUGCCUUGGGGGCGUUGUCUGGGGCCUUGGUUGGGGAGCUCCCAAUGUUCUCCCCAUUCACUACUCGUCAAAUGAGCCGGUUCUGGAGUUCCCAGUUGACCUUCUUUUUUACAACUUCUUCGUACCCCUAGCAUUCAGCAUAGUCAAGCCUGGUGAUGGUCUACAAGCCAUGUACCGCUGGUGCUUCCGCAAAAGCGCACGGGUUCUCCGCCUCACAUAUUUCCUCUUUGGAGAACGCCGCGUCGACGAAGAAGGAGUGCUGCAGCUCGCUGAAGACUCGCCCCACCACAACAUGCCAUUCUGGCGAAAAGCGAUGCUUGGUCUCGAUGCCGAUAAAAACAAUGUCAUCCCCAAGCCAUGGAAUGAUGUAUUCGACGGCAUCGACCAUAAGAAGGGCAAAUCAACACCACAAGAAAUCCGAUAUCUGCGCCACAAGAAGGCUCGACUAGUAGACUCAGGUCAGCUCAUCAAGGAUGGUCGGUUCGUCCGUGCUCCGGCUUCUGAUCGAGUGAAAAUCCCUAAAGGCAGGAAGGUGUUUCUAAAUGUCAAUGAACGAGGACGGCGCACAGAUGGCAAGCCAGACGAGGGCCUAUAUGCGACUGACCAGUUUCAGAUGGUGUAUCUCCCCCCACAUCUCCGCACUCGGAUCAUGCUUUUCAUCCUGUGCAUCUGGACUUUUGCUGCCGUCACCGGUCUCAGCUUGACCAUCAUUCCUCUGGUUCUGGGCCGAAUGGUAUUCAAGAUGGCUCUCCCAGAACAUGUACGAACGAACGACAUUUACGCAUUCUGCAUUGGUAUUCACAUACUUGGUUUUAUCACCUAUUCCGCCUUCAACCUACGAGGGAUCUACCUUAAAGCCAAGGGUUUCCUACACAAUGGCCCUGGCCACAAGGUAGGGAACAGCCUGGCGAGUGUCUAUCGGCCACUGCGUCACGCAGCCAAGAUGGUUUACGCGUACGCUAUGAUGUUCAUCGUCUUCCCUUUGGUACUUUCAACCAUCAUAGAACUCUAUGUGGCAAUGCCGACACAUACAUACAUCAACCCACCGACUGCUGCAGGACUGAAGGGCGGCUCAGAGGCUGGAAGUGGCAACACACAACACAACAUAAGGAUCGUAGAGUCUUGGACGCUCGGUCUACUAUAUAUGCGCCUCGCGGUGCAGCUCAUUCGGAAAUUUAUGCCCAACAAUCGAUUUACCUUGGCAAUGCGUGCUGUGCUACGCCGAGGCUGGCUGGACCCAAAUGUUCGUAUCUUAACCCGAGCGUUUGUUGUUCCCGGCUUUUUCAUAUUUGGCCUGGCCAUUUUUGCGCCGCCGGCUGUGGUGCUCUGGGCAGAACGGUUGGAGGGCUUGAAGCCCGAAGAUCUCCGAGGGGAAGCAGUGGCGCAAAGAGUAGUGAAAUUCCGUCGGUCGUAUCCCGUCGUGGCCUUUGGCGGCGUCUUGGUCAGAUACUUCAUCAUGGCGAGACAUGGAUUCCACACGCUCAAGGUUAAAAUCCGAGAUGACGCAUAUCUUAUGGGCGAGAGACUACAGAAUUACGAUGGGUCUCCGCUCGAGGUUAAGCCAGCCAGGGUGCACUCGGCUAGGGCUGUAUGA